AUCCACAGGAACAGCAGCCUUCGCAUUCGGACGAACGAAAUCUUGGGGAUUCAGAGGCGCUGGAAGCAGCGCAACUGGCAGCAACCAGGUUGCAGUCAGAACUAUCCCAUCCCCUGGCAAAGCAAGCGUUAAUGUGUGAGCUCUCCUCAAGGCCACUGGGACAGGACUAACCUUUGUCGGACUGCUGGAUCGAGUUCCAGCUCCAUGCGAUGAAGACACCGACGUACCCGAGAUAAGGUGCGAGCCGCUUCAGCACGAGCGCGGCGGGUCGGAUCUGGGGAGGUACGACCGCAAUGGGGAUCUUGUCCAGCAUCCAUUUCAGGGCUGCUGUGAUCAUUGCGGCUCGUUUGGUAGCGACGAGGUGCUUGUUGUCAAGCUUCUUCAUGAUCGGGGGAGGGAGAUACAUGCGAUAUCCCCACCUUGGCGCAGUGAGUAGAUGGCUGGAAGACGGGAUGAGCCAACGCACCACAUAGCCUGUACCGAUAUCUUGGUGGUAGAUGGAACCCAGUGGACGUGCUCGACGGUUUUACGCUUCCGAUGGCUCUUCGAGGGCUCGACUUUGCUCGGCUCUUCAGCCGGGACUUGUUCAGUAUCUUUGAUUUCCCCAGGAGUCCCUGGAACCUUCGCGACUUGUUCAGGUUCAUGAGCAGCCGGAUAAUCGAGAUACUCGAGCACCGUUUCCGAAUCAGCCAAUUCCAGCUCGGACUCGGGGGUCGGCUCCAGCGGGGCGUACAUCAUUACGCCCCCGUCCUCUCGGACAUGCUCCUCCGCCUCGGGCCCCUCCUUCGCCUUGCCUUUGCCCCGCAGAGACGCGGAAGAGUACAGGGCGCUCGAUCGCUGUUUCAGCUGCUCGAGCAUGGACCACACGCUCUGCCUCCCGAGCGAAAGUGACCCGUUCAUCACCCGCUCUGAGCUCAGGAGCCUCAUCAGCCGGCUAUCCGACGUCAGGGUCGGGGGAAGUGGGGGCCCGCUGGGGUCUAGUUGAGUUUCUGGCUUUUGGGUCGGUGCGGACUCAGCAGGCAGCUCCCGGGGAGGCGGCAAGGCAUCUAUGAGGGAGCCGAUCUCCCGAGCGAUCUCCUCCGGCUCAGGGAUGUCCUCCUGCCCGUCAUCUCGAUCCUGUUUGGAAGCACGACUCUUGACGGGGAACUCGCCCCGGACGAGCGCUUCUUCGAGAGACCACGACGGCGGGGGGAACACGAUCUCGGGGCGUUUCUCCUGCCGUGUGGUGUUGAAUCGGAUGAGGGACGCGAUCUUCUGCGUUGGUAUCCGUUUGAGAAAGGUGGACGCGGCGGACUCGGGCACGGGGGAGUCUGCGUUGGGUGUACUGGCUUUGGGUUCCGGCGCCGACAUGAGUGGUGAGGGCAAGGGGGGAUAGCACUGCAAAUGACGUUGCGGUGCCACAAAGGUAAUAUCUGGAGAUAAGAUAAGAAGGAUGAUGAUGGGACUGAUCACAUAUGACAUAUUUGAGUUCUGCGUGACUGCCGUAUUGGAUAAGUACUUUACAUGUAUUGAAGUCAUAUACACGGCCCAGCUUCAACUGACUGAACGCCCAGGAGUGAUCUUUGUGUUAGCAUAAAUGUGCAUCCGGAGCAGAUCCGAGGCGGGAUGGGCCUUCAUAGUCCGUGGAAGCGACUGAUCGAACUUGGUGAGCGCCUUCAUCGCUGUGUCGUGAGUGAGGGGCAGGGGAACUAGAUCGAUGUACUGGCUGAUGCUUGAGUGGGCCUUGGUGGCUACCGCAGAGUCUUCCAGGGCCGAAGCUGCGAGUCCGAGAAUCAGGUUGAUGAUGCUCGCUGGGAGACGCGUUUCUCGACUGGGAUGCCGGUCCAGGGCUUCCUCCAGCAACGUAAGCAGUAGGGACUGAGACUGGACCGGGUACUUGUCAGAGUCGACGUUCGCUUUCAGAAAAAGGCGCCGGAGCGUGCUGAAUGCUUCGAAUGGCAGGGUGGGGCUGCGGACGAGUAUGGAGAUGAAGUUGAGUAUGAGGAGGAACCCGAUGUGCCUCAGCAUUUCCUGGAAGCGCUGGAUAUACUCCAUGGCUUCCUCAGCCAGUGAAAUGUCGCCGGUGACAGAUAUGACAUCAGCCAGGUCGUCCAACGCGUGUCGAACGGUGUUGAUGAGAAUGUACAUAAACGGAUGGGUGCACUUGUCUGCAGCCGUGGUUUGCUCCAGACUGAUGAGAUGCUCCUCGACCUUCUUCUUGGCGUGCGAGGUCCGACUGUCGUACCAUCCUGAAUUAGCCUCCGGCGACGGACGGCGUUGGGACCAAUGUCCGGAGCGUAGAAAUUCGGAUAUCUCAGCAGCCAACGCAGCUACCCGGUCCAUCUGGAGAUCGAGCACGUUGCGUGCGAUCACCGCAGCUGCGGAGUGCACCGAUCCGCUCACCGCAGGCAGCUGCAUGCGAAUACCAUGCAGCCUGUUGAGCGUCUCGCCGUCAAAGGGCAGCCCCGAACGCAUUUCGUCUGCAAAGGGCACAGAGAGUGGCACGGUCAUCAUCGUCAGCGACCAUAUCGCAUGGAUGCAGGUCGUGGCACGUUUCUCCGCAAGUGAGGGACUUCGCACUUCGCCGCACGAGCUGAGAAAUCUCGGAAUGCGAUAGCUGAGACUGAUGGUCGGAUUUUGGUGGUGCAAAAGACGAUGCAGCAACAGCUUGGCGCUGUAGUCGAAGCCGGCAACCAGCUGGGGAAUGAAAUCGACGAAGGGUUCCAGUUCGCUGUCCUCCCUGGACACUGCCAGAGCCCAUUCCAUAGCCUCCAGAUCCCUCUGGUCCCGCUCGGGUGUGGUGGUGAUCGCAUCUGCUAUGCGAGCUUCUGCCAUCGUCUCGACCUUGGGUAUGUUUACGUCAUAUUGGGCAUGCCCAACGACGCCCACAG